CGAAGUGGAUCGCGAACUCGCCGAUGAAGAAGAAGGUCUAACGGUACUGCCCCCUUCCCCCGGUUCUGCCCCGGCUGUUUGUUGGUUGCUCACCUGGUGCACUCUUCGUCGUCGACAAGGCUGCCGAGCCGUUGACCCCCUACAAGCGAGAGAGCCUACGAAGAUGAUAAUGAUCGUGAUGUUGAUUAGUUGAGCACUCACUGUUCCUCUACUCCUGAACUUGUGCGCAUAGGAGUACUAUCAACUCCUCCUUAAGGUCCUUCGCAAGGUCUUUCGCUCCUGUUUAUUUUUUUUUGCGCGGGUCGUCUUAUAGUGUACCGGUUCGGUGGUCGAUGUAGUCGGAUAUGUUCUUGAGUGUGUAGGGUUUAAGGGAGGUUUUAGACUUUUUAGUGUUUUUUUUUGGUAAUUAUUUAGUAUUUUAAGAUGUUGCCAGCUACCCUAGUAACCUUAGCGACCUUUUUGCUGGAUUUAUCAUCAGCGUCUCCAGUAUACAACAUGCAACCAGCAUUUAUUACAACUAAUAUUGGCUCAACAAGCGGCAGAAACAUUCGCAACCUCCCAUGCAUUUCAAGAAAAAACAGCGGCCUUAGCGGAGUCUGUAUGUUUGCCAUAGAUUGUCUUAAAGCCAAUGGCACCCAUCUAGGUACCUGUAUAGACCGCUUCUACUUUGGAUCCUGCUGCCACAUAGAGCCCAUUAAAGAUCACAGCGUCGAAACGAAUAUCAUCUUGGAUACGAGGGAACCACCUGAGAGGGUACAAAAUACUACUCAUAAAGUAUCUACUAGCACUCUAGCUAGUACUAGCACUAGUCAGGUCCUGAUUAUAAAUCGGCUUAAUCAAACCAGCACAAUGUUGUCUACAUCUACAAGCACAUCAGUACCAAGUAUUGCAAUAUCGUUUGGAGAUAGAUUAACUACUAUAGAGACCACCACCUCACCGCCAAAACUACAGACCUUUCAAGUAGUUAAUAGUGAAACUACUACGAGUAUGCCUUUAAGGACUUCAACGAAACCAUCCAGUACCAUUACAAAGCCACAACCAGCCAUUACAGCGCCAUCGAAACCUGAAAAACCAGUACUAAGCUCGAGUACAACUAAGCCAAGUACAACAUCAAAUAAAUCAAGUGCAACAAAACCAAGUACAAUAAAACCAAGCACAACAAAACCUAGUACAAGGAAGCCUAGUACAACGAAGCCCAGUGCCAUUAAGCCUAGUACUGGAAAACCUAGCUUAAAACCUACAAAGCCUAGUCAGAAGCCUAUAAAGGUAGUCACUACUACGAAGAAGCCUUUGGUUACGACUACCACUAGUAAAAAGACGGUUGCGACUACAAAGCCUACUAGGAGAGGCACCAGGCCUACUAGUUCGACUGCAAAAACCACAACAACUAAAUCCCCUGUAAGAACAACAACAAAGCCAACCAUAACGAAAAAACCUGCUUCAACAAAGAAACCCACUCUAUCAACAACGAAAAUCACAACGACAUCACCUACAACUAAAGCUACAACUACCUUUACUACCACCACUAUGGUAUAUCCGUCAAGUUCUACCAUAACAGUAGCAGACGAGCCGGUGAUUAAGAAAAAUAUAUCUCAAAUAUGGCAGAGUGAAACUGCGAAUCCUGCAGUAAAUGAAGUCGUUGUUGAGAGCAGCAGUGUAUCACUUGGAUCUACAAUUGAAUCCGCUACAAGCCAAAUGAUGCCAGAUGUUCCAGUACAAACAGAAUCACCUUUACAAGCCUCUACAAUUUUCAGUACAUCUAGUACUAGUACAAAAGCACCUCCAAGUAGUACAAUAGUGACGUCACCUAGUAUUGACGUGCCCACAGAUGUACCAAUAGUUCCUCCAAGUUUUGUAACAUGGACUGUUGAGGAUACCAAGAAUCACACUGUGGAAAACAAUGAAACAGUAGCAGUAAAUAUUACAGAAGAAUGGGUUCCAAUAACCACACCAGACGGUUGGGUUCUUCUGCCGAUUGUGACCUCGUCAACCAGUACUCCACUAACCAGUAACCCAAGUCAAAAUGACACAUCAACGUCAAGUUCCUCAAUUUUAGAUCCUUUAUCAACAUCUACUAUAUUUUAUGUCACAACUACUAUAGCCCCAGAAACAUCUACCUUAGCAUCAGAAGUAACUUCCAUAAUUAACAUGACAUCGACAACAGAGUCAGCUACGAUAAUAGAAAAUUUCACUCUUUCUAAUGAACCCAGCACAUCUACUGAAGAAAUUACUCCGAAACCAGUCAAUAUGAGCGACUACACUGAUGUAUGCGGAAGACGAAUGUGGCCGGAAGCUCGGAUUGUUGGAGGUGAAAAAUCGGCGUUCGGCAGAUGGCCCUGGCAAAUCUCCUUAAGACAAUGGAGGACCUCCACGUAUCUUCAUAAGUGUGGUGCUGCGUUGCUAAACGAGAACUGGGCCAUUACUGCUGCGCAUUGCGUGGAAAAUGUUCCUCCAAGCAACCUUCUCUUACGCCUGGGAGAACACGACCUCUCCACCGAAGGCGAACCUUACCUCCACGAGGAAAGAAGAGUACAAAUCGUAGCAUCGCAUCCACAAUUUGAUUCAAGGACAUUCGAAUAUGAUUUGGCUCUUCUCAGGUUCUACGAACCAGUCCAAUUCCAGCCCAAUAUAAUUCCAGUUUGCGUGCCCAAAACUGAUGAGAAUUUUGUGGGCAGGACUGCCUAUGUUACUGGAUGGGGAAGACUGUAUGAAGAUGGUCCCCUACCAAGCAUUCUUCAGGAAGUCUCGGUGCCUGUUAUCAAUAAUUCAGUAUGCGAAUCGAUGUACAGGAAUGCUGGCUACAUAGAGCACAUACCUCACAUUUUCAUUUGUGCCGGAUGGAGAAAGGGCGGUUUUGACUCUUGUGAAGGGGACUCUGGAGGGCCCAUGGUAAUCCAGAGGGAAGACAAAAGAUUUAUGCUGGCUGGAGUAAUUUCCUGGGGAAUAGGAUGUGCAGAACCAAAUCAACCAGGGGUCUAUACUAGGAUAAGCGAAUUUAGGGAGUGGAUCAAUCAAAUUUUGCAAUUUUAGCUUGGGGAGACCAUCUGACGAGUGUAAAAUAUAAUGUGAUAAUUUUAUGUUUUUUUUUAGUUGUAUAAAAAGACUUUUGUAAAUAUAAUUUAUAUUAUAUUUUUUAUUUUAAAUAUAUUAAGGUAUAUAAUUUAUAUCAGUUAUUGUUAUAUAGUUCCCUUGUUGACGUUUCUGUUGUAUAAUAAUUUAUUUUUCUAUUUAAGUUAAGUUAGUAUUUAUAAGAUAAGUACUCUGUGUUUUUUUUGUUGUAAAUAAUUUUAUAAAAAAUGGUGCCUGUAAUAUUUUUUUAUGAAAAAAAUAUUAAAAAAAUAUCCUUUG